AUGGUGCACUCUAAAAAAGAUAUUUUAGAACGAUAUAGUGCAUUCUUAGAACGUAAUCUUAUAUUAACUGAUGAUUUAUUUCAUUUUUUAAAACAUGAAAAAAUUUUUCCCGAUUUUGUCUUCGAUGAUAUUCAAAGUUUAUCAUCACCAAGUGAAAAAAAUAAAAAACUUUUAAAAAGUCUUAUCGAUAAUGCUGAUGUAGCUUUUAAAAAAUUUGUUGAAGGUUUAAUUGACACUGAUCAACCAUUUCUUGGUGAAUUUCUAGAAAAUGAAGAUAGAAAAUCAUUGGAUUCAACAGAUGAUCCAUCGGAAAAAGUAGCUAUUGAUGAUGAUAUGUUAAAAAAAUGUCCCGGUGUAGAUAAAUUAAAGGCAGAUACAAGAGAGAAACUUAAAGUAUAUCUCCAAGAACAAUUAUUACGAGUUUAUUUACAUGAUACAUGGAAAAAACGAAAUCAAGCUAAGUCACUCGAAGUAGUUAAUCUUAAAAGACAAAAUUAUGAAACUCAACGAAGAUUAUCUAUAUCAGUAGAAAAUGAUAAACAAGUUAUAGAUAAUUUAAAAGAUGCUCUUCGACGUGAGCAAGUUGAACGGCAACACAAGGAACAAGACCUCAAAGAACUUCGUAAUGAAGUAACUCGGAUUCAAGCAGAAUUUCAACAACGAUUGUCUAGUCAAAUCAAUAUGAUUGAUGCAAAUACUCGAAGUACAUUCAAUAUGCACGAUAAAAUGGUUAUGCUGACCGAAUGGCUUCAAUCGUUAGAUGAACUGUUUAAUAAAAAUAUCAUACAAAGUGGCAUUGAUUCAGAUUCAAUGGAUCAAUUAGAACGUAAACUUAAACGAUAUAAAUCAGAAAUUGAAUCACUGUCUAGCAGAGGAAUUGGUACAGAUAAACUUAAAGACGAAUUAUAUGAAGCAGUUUAUACAAGUCGUUAUUUACCAAUAGAAGAUCAUAAAAAUAAAUCAUUUCAUCAACUUUUAUUACGUCUCUAUGGAUCAAAUCAAGUAACUGAAUUAGCAAAAAUUUGUACAAAAGAUGUGUUAGAAGCUAACAAAGAUCGUGAUCAUGCAAAUGAUAUUAGAAAACGUGAUGAAAGAAUCGAUGAACUUACUCAUAUCAAUAAGGAAUUAAAUGAAGAAAUUGAACGACUUAAAGCAACAAUUGAAGCAGGAAAGAAACCAGCAUGGCGUCCUGUACCUGCAUCAAUUCCUGCAGCACGUGAUCCAGGUAAAAAUCGUCAAGUAUUAAAACCAUCAAGUAUUCAACCUGGAACAAAACCUGGACCUACUUGGUGA